CACCACCUCAGAUGUAAUUCCCUGAAUACCCAAGAAGCUAAAGAUGUUGGUUUUCUCCUUGGCAUCUCGGUGUUUUAUGUGGUCCAAAGCCCUUCAAGCUCUCUAGGAAAUGAAAGUCAGCCAUCAAUCCUAGCUUCAAUCUCUGUUUCUCUCUGUCUCUCUCUGUUUCUCUCUUCACUUUGUCUCUGUCUCUAUCUCUCUUACACACACACAUAUCCACUUUUCCUCUUUCUCUUCAUCAUCAUGGAGAACCGCAGCAAAGUUGACAGCCCUACCAACAUGUCCCUGGCAAGCAGUGACACUGUCCUGGGCUUGAUUGAGUACAAGACUGUCUCUGUCUUUUUGGUGCUGCUGAUCUGUGUGGUGGGCAUCAUCGGCAACAUGAUGGUCGUGCUAGUUGUGCUGACCACCCGGGACAUGCGGACGCCCACCAACUGCUAUCUGGUCAGCCUGGCCUUGGCUGACCUCAUGGUACUCCUGGCAGCUGGACUGCCCAAUAUCUCUGACAGCCUGGCUGGACAGUGGAUCUACGGGCAUGCCGGCUGCCUUUGUAUCACCUAUUUUCAGUAUCUUGGAAUCAACGUCUCUUCUUGUUCCAUCAUGGCAUUCACCGUGGAGAGGUACAUAGCUAUUUGCCAUCCCAUAAGGGCCCAGACAGUGUGCACAGUAUCCCGGGCCAAGCGUAUCAUCACUGGGGUCUGGGUGGUCACGUCGGCCUACUGCAUGCUUUGGUUCUUCCUUGUUGACAUCAACAUCACCAAGAGCCAAAGUCUGGAAUGUGGUUACAAGGUUUCCAGGAAUCUCUACUUGCCCAUCUACCUGCUGGACUUUGCCAUUUUCUUUGUCACUCCCUUGGUGGUGGCCACUGUCCUCUAUGGGCUAAUUGGGAGGAUACUUUUCCUGAGCUCUCUCUCCCACAUCCCCAGCUGUGCAGGCACAGAGGGCUACCCAGAAGGGAGCACCUCAGAGAGGGGACAAGGCACCAAGGCAGAGCAGGGCAAGGCUGGUGGUUGCUCUCGAAGCAGAGGGGCCCUGUCUUCCAGGAAGCAGGUCACCAAGAUGCUGGUUGUGGUGGUGGUCCUCUUUGCUGUCCUAUGGAUGCCCUAUCGGACCUUGGUCCUAGUGAAUUCCUUUAUGGAUCGCCCCUACCUUGACCCUUGGUUUCUCCUAUUCUGUCGAACCUGUGUCUAUGCCAACAGUGCCAUCAACCCAAUCGUUUACAACCUCAUGUCCCAGAAGUUUCGGAUGGCCUUUAAGAGGUUAUGCAGAUGCUCAGAGGAAGAGCCCCAACGACGAAUGGUCUACUUGACCACCACUAGCUACAGUAUGGUACAGGAAUCCUUCCAAGCCAAGCCCAGGGCCCUGGGCAAGAAACAAAGGCAAACUCAGCCUCACUUGGAGCAGGAGCAGGGGGCUGAGGGUCCCCAGCAGGCUGGUCAACCAGCCAGUCAAGAAAAACCCUAUUUCAGUGUGGUCUAG